AUGUCCAGGUCUGUUAGGAGCACGCCGCUGCGGACCAGGAGCACCACCUAUGCUGCACCGGGACGAGCGGUCGAACCGGAGGCCAACGUCGAAGUUGCGUCACGUCGCACCGGGACCGUCGAUCUCCACCGCCGCGAGGUUGUCGACGUCGUCAAGAAGCUUAGCGUCGACCUCGAGAUCGUGUCGAGGAAGGUCCAGUCUAUGCAUGACGACAUGGUGAACUUCAAGUUCGUCGCCGCCGACAUGCGUGCCAGCGAGAACAUGAGCAAUCCCGACGACCCGCCAAACAAGCUCAUGGACCUCAUCUACGGCAUCUCCAAAGCCUGUGGCGUCGACUUGUGCAAGCUGAUCGAAGCGUUCGACACGUCUCACGAUCUCCCUCGUCCUCGGCGCCUGUUGGCGAGUGCGGCGGCACGGCGCUAG